AGAAAAAACCUUUAUAGGGUUGCAUCAGGAGAAAAAGGAAGGUUUGUUGUUCUUUAAAAAGUCCCAAAAACCAGCUUAAUUCUUGCUGAAAACUCUUGAAAAUAUUGUGAAAUGGACAAGUAAUACCUGUAGAUGUAUUUUUCUCGGUGAAAAGUGAAGAAAAUUGUGAAAUGAGUGGACAAAUGGGAAAAAAUGAGGAGGAGGAUGAAGAGUCCUCCGACAGCGUGGUGAAAUCUCAGGCUGUUGUCAAGUAUUCCAAUGUCCAAGCACCGGCAAAUUUCUCGCAGCUGCAGUGCAAUACGGAUCUCAAUAUGCCACCGUCAAAUUGGUUGAGGAACUCGAUCAAUUUCUACGGGAUGCAGCAGGCAGCUCUGCAUCGGAGUGGUUUUUCUAGUUUUCGCAUGGCUCAUACGUUUCCGGACUGUGUGGGUGGGGUGGAUGUUGUGUGUGAUGCUGAGAUAAUUAAGCGUUUGCUGAUGCUACCGUAUUCCCGGAAUAGUUCACUGAGUUUGAUGGUGCACAGGAUUGGGAAUACGCUGUUGAUUGAUGAAUUUGAUAUUCACAAGUAUUUGCUGAGGCAGUCACCGGUGGAGUGGGAUUGGCUGAAGAGAUUUAUCUAUGAUAAGAUUAUUAAUAGUUUGACGGAUGAGGAGAGGAUGUUUCUGAUGGCGAACAGGAGCAGGAAUGUGCUGCAGGAGAGACGGUUGAUCAGUAAGUUUCUGUAUCAUAGUUUGCCGAGAGAGAAGCAUUUGCAGGAGCCGCAGGAGGUGCAGCCGAAGGUGGCACCUUCGUUGCAGAUGCUUCAGGGUCCUGUGUUGCCGGAACCGGAAGUGGAGCACAGUUUGCCGGAUCCUAGCUUCACGCACACUUUUAACAGGAGCAUUGUGUGGACUUUUGAGGACAUUCGUAUGCUCAUUGGCACGGAUAUGCCAAUUUUUGGCGGUGGAACGAGGCCUUGUAUCAGUUUAAGGCUGAGAGAUAUGAGUAAGCCCAUCAAUGUCCUCACGGGAAUUGACUACUGGCUGGACAAUUUGAUGUGCAAUGUCCCCGAGGUGGUAAUGUGUUACCAUUUGGAUGGGAUUGUGCAGAAGUACGAGUUGAUCAAGACGGAGGAUUUGCCUUUUCUGGAAAAUUCACAAUUUUCACCGAAAAUCAUCCGGAAUGUGGCUCAGAAUAUUCUGGCAUUCCUCAAGGCAAAUGCCACAAAAGCUGGGCAUACUUAUUGGCUGUUCAAGAGGCCCAAGGAUGACGUGGUGAAGCUCUAUGAUCUUACAACUCUCUGCACGGAGGGAGAAUGUGAAACGAAGGAAGCCAAAGGAAAUCCGGAUAGAUCUGAGAAGGAUGCCAAGGGGAAUGCAAUUCCCAAUCCUUUCACCAUUCCCGUGGCUAUGUUGCUGUACAGUGUGGCCAGGAAUAUGAAGAGUUCCGUGGAGAAGAUGACAAAUAAACAAGCUGGAGCGAUAAAAAUGCUCCUGGACAAUUGCAUUAAGCUCCUGCCCAAGGAAAAAUACCCCCAAAUUGUUGUUUCCUCUCAUUACAUGCUCUCAGACCUGAAUAUCCCGUCAGGAGUUGAUCCUGGAAGUGCUUCCUUUGCCACUGGCUCCGAUGAAAGUGAAUACGAUGAUGAAUCUCUCUAUGAUGACGAUGAGUCUGACGGAGAGGAUUUCCCAAAUCCCAGGAGCAGUAGCGAUCUCAUGGAUCACGGUGAGAGUAUUGCAGUGAAGAAUAUCCAGGAAACGACGGCAGCUCACAAUUUCAAGAAGAAAAACUGGAAACAUAAUUCCCAUCCGCCAGCCCUAAGUGCAGAUGUCGAGAAGCGAUGCCUGGAAGCUCUGGAAAACAUCGUGUCUGGCCUCAAGUGCCUCAAAUACUUCCGGGAAAGUGCAGCACAGACCAGUGAGCAGGAGAAAAAGCAGAAGAUCCGGAAGGAAGCUGACAAUCUCAAUAUGGCUAAACCCUAUCAGCCAAUUCCUCUGCCCUAUGAAACCCUAACUCCUCAGCCAAAAUUUGUCAACCCCAAUGACAUCAUCCCGCUCGGAUGGAAGGCUUCUGACCAUCAAGAAAACUCCCAAACUUCCUCUUACAAAAAAACCACCAAAAAAUCCAACAAAGCUCCCAACGAUUCCAACCCUAACCUCACAAUUACAGAAAAAGUCAAAGAAGGCAAAGAAGUCAAAUGCUGGAGUCUCCACCUAAAACUCCUGCUCCUGGAAAAAGCCUCCCUGACCUACUCAAUCCUCGCAGAACAUGCAUUCGCCUCUGGUUUCCAUGCCAAUGCCUUCAGGUACACCAAUCUCGCCUUUCGCUGCCAAACUGCCGUAUCCCAAUACUGGCCAAAUGCCGGCAAAAUCCUAAGUGGACUUUUAGCUCGUGCUGGAGAUUGCUACCUGCAAUUUGUAAAGAAAUUCACCCAACUCGAUUCCAUCCUCAAGACAAUAGCAGGAACUUCAAACGCAGACAGAAUCAUCCUGGAAUUUAUAGAAUCCGACGAAGAGGAUGACAUAAAAAUUGAACUCCCAAAUCCAACAGGGACGAUCGAAAAUCUCAUGAUGUUCAGUCUCCUGGCCUACGAAAGGGCCCUCAAAGCGGACUCUGGGAAGCUCAAACACAAUUUAAUUCGUCGCAUUGGGAAUAUUUCCAAUGAAUUGGGAUCUUUCUACAUGCAAGAAGCACUUGUGAUUUUUAAUAGAAUGAAACAGGGAGAACUGCACGAAAGUGAAACUCCAGAGAAUUUGCAGGAAUCUUACCUGCAACUAAUGGCUAGGGCUCACACUUACCUGUCCAGGAGCAUAGGAAAGUUCGAAGAGGUGGAUGAUUGUGUAAAUUUAGCUCUAAUUUAUUGCAACAUGGGCAGAUACAAUCGUCAAAUGGCUGAUAUGUUGAGCCUACCACUUCAGAGUGAUGCGAAAAAGAUUGAAGUUGUCUACCAGAAAUAUUACAAUGAAGCCUUUUCCUGCUACAAUCGGGCUCUGGGGAUGCUGAAGGAACGUAAAUCCAAUCCACAGAUUUGGGAUAUUUUGUACUGGGAACUUUCAACGGCCACUUUUAUCCUAGCACAGCAAAUGCAGGAUUCUUGGGAUGAGAAGUGUGAGCGAUAUCAGGAGAUUAUGGAUCUUCUGCAUCGAUCUCUGAAGCUGUGUCAGACGCAUAGUGACGUGGACAGGACGAAGGGCUAUGCCUAUCGUACUGGACAGAUAAAUACGCGCUUUGGGAUGGUUUGUGGGAAUAUGGUGAGGUAUCAAAGUGCUGAGUGUGAUGAGAAGAAGAGGAAGAAUAUGGUGCAACUUUGUCGUUUCUACUACGACAAAGCUGUAUCAAUAUUCCGGGAGGGUGAUCACUUGAGUGAAUGCAUUGAAGUCCUCACGGAUUUGCUUGAAUUUACAAAUAGUCAAAUUGAUUUUGGUGGGAGGGUAAAAAUUCUGCACUUUACGAUGAAUGUGAUGAAGCAAAUUAAAGAAAUCCUUGAGAUUUAUUCCGGACCCGAGGAGAAUCUCAAAUCUUUGGAAAUUCAGUGUCAAAAUGUCUUCAAAAAUCUCGUUAAAGUAACAAUUUCUGCCCCAAAUCGCAGUGGACGGGAAAAGGAGGGCAGUGUUGAGCUUCUGAAUGUCCUGAAGAAGAUGUACAGUGCCUCUCUCAAGAGCCCAAAAGACAAGGAAAAAACUAUAAAAGACAAACUCCUUGAGAAUAUUGCAACAAUAGCCGAUAUUUAUUCAGAAUUAAAUUUUUCCAGUAGAAACAGUUAGUAGCAAAAGGACUACAGUGAGAUGUGGCUCCGUUUCCAGUUCAGGUUCCCGCAUUAAAUUCACCUAAAUAAGCCUGUAGGGAUAGCCAUAGUAUCCUGAAAUGGAAAAGAAAAAGGAUUAUAAGUUUGAUAUUUUGAAUUUGCAAAUGUUCAUUGAAGUCCAAUUAGCCGAAGUCGAAGGAUUCAUGCGAAAAUUGAGGAAUAAUCAUGGAAAUAAUUGUGGAACAGAAAUGAAAUGUGCUGUGAAUAAUAUUUAUUGCUGUGUUGAAAAAAAUAAAUAGGUUGUUCAAUAAAACAGUUCUAAAGCAAUGAAACAAAA